AUGUCCCAAUAUGACUUAAUAAUUGAAAGAAUUGCCAUAACUUCAGGAUGGCUUUAUGAGAUGGAAGAAAAAACAAAUGAAAAGAAAAUUUAAUUACUUGCACUAUCACCCUUUGAACCAUUUCAUCAAAAUUUUUUACAAGAUGAAAUAAAUUUCAAAGCCACAAUAUAAAAAACUAAAUUGCUUAGACAUUAUUUACGUUGUGUAGAUUUAAAUAAAAAAUACUAUCUAUUUGAAUUUGUUUAAGGACAAUCCAUUUAAUAAAUAAUUAAUAAAUAUAGAGUGAAAUCUGAGUCUAUACCAAUAGAGAAAAUUAAUAAUUAUCUCAAAUAUUUGCUUGAAGCUCUAUAUCAAUUACAUAAGAUGAAAAUUUUAGGGAGAGUUUUCUCAAUAGAAAAUAUUAUUGAGCUUCAAGACAAUAGUAUCACAUUGAUGGAUUUUGGUUUUGCAUCUGAAUUAAAGCAAAAUUAAUUUAAUAUACUAGCACCUCCAGAAAUUGUAUCAAGCAUGGUUGAGACAAGUAAAUAUCAUAAUUUCAUCUAGAUGGUUAAAGGUUAAAUUAUAGCAUUGAAAUAGAUUCAUGGUUAUUAGGUGCAUUCCUAUUCAAUCUCGUUAAACUAUAUCCAAUUAAUUCAUAUUUGAAAGGCAAUAAACUAAAUGCAUAUACUUAUUCAAAUUUAGAGGAAUACAAUCUUUUUCUUUAACAGUAAAUUAAAGAAAAUAAAUAUAUUAAAGUAGAACCCUCGAAAUAUCCAAAAAAAUUAAAUAAAUUAAUAGAGUCAUUAUUAACAUAUGAUCCAAAAGAAAGGCUAUCUUUUUUGGAUAUCUAUUAGUCUGAAUAUAUAAAAGAUUUAGAAUUAGAAAUAUGUGAUGAGUAAAUAUAAUUUUACAAGAAUCUAAAUUUAACUGAAAUUCACCAAAAAAUUAUGCUUAGAGAUGGAAUAACUUCAAAUGAGUUUAUUUAAACUAGUGUUUUGAAAUAGCCUCUAAAUCCAUAAUCUGAAAUAAAAAAUCUCUAAGAUAUUCAAUCUUAUGAAGCUGAUCAUGAUUUUAAGUAUAUUUGAAAACCAAUAAAUAGGAUUCCUCAAAAAAUAUAUCUUGAAAGUGUAGUUCCAGAUGUUUAUCAAUCCGAGCAGGUUACUCAACAAUCUAGCCAUCUCUUAAAACUACCAUAUUUUAUGGAAAAUCAAUUAGAAGUAAAUAAUUUUUUUGAUAAAGGCUAAGAAAUUUUAGAGACUAUUCCAAAUCCUUAAUUUGGAGUAGUUUAGAUUUGUUAUUCUAAACAAUACUGCUGAUGAGGUUGUUUCUUUAUUAUCUAAUAAAAAAUUUGGAUUAGAAUAUGUUAUUGAAUAUUUUUUAAAGAAGAUGGCAUACCUUAUAAUGAUUGAAAUAUUAGGAAAAUUAAAUUCAUAAAAAAGCCAGUUUACAACUAGUUAAGAAGAAUGGGAUAAUUUUUAAAAGCUUGAAAAGAAAACAGAUUUAAUAAAAAAUAUAAAUUCAUAAAUUUAAGAGAAUAUAAAUAGACUAAAAAAUUUAAAUGAAUAAUGUUAUAAAGAUUUGGCUUAAAAUUAAUUAUUUAAUGAAAAUAUAAGAAAUUCAGUUAAACAAGAUAAACAUUUCUUAUAAGGCAAUAAAGCACCAGAAACUAAUAUUUUUGGAUGUACUUCAAAUGAAUUUUUAAAAAGCGGAUAUAGAAAUAUUACUUAAUAUUUAUACAAUUAUUUAGUUUCAAAAUGUUAAUUUGAUGAAAUGAGAACGAAAUAAUUCAGUCUUAUAUUAAAGACUGUCUUAUGUCAUUUAAUUAAUCGCAUAUUUGACUAUGAUUACAUUAAUACUCAAUUUAAAAACAUUAAAUCUGAAAAAAACAAUGAUAUAACUCCAGAAACAAUUUAUAAAUUUAUUGAAUCUAAAGAGAAUGAUGAAUAAAAAAUAUAAGAGAUACAAUAUUUAGUGAAUAAAUAUUUUUAAAAUUAAACAAAUAAUUGA